AUGGCCAAUACCCUUUAUGUCGUCCUGGCGACCAUCACAACAAUCGUUGUUCUCGUUGGCGGUGCCUAUGCCAUGGGACUUCUCGACGAUUACAUCGAGGAACUGGGCGUCUUCGCAUUUAAAUUCAAGGCCAAGGCUGAAGCAAAGAAGAUGGGUCUUCAAGGUCUUCAAGAAGGAACAGAUUUCCUCGCAAGUGACUUGAAGGGUAAUCAACAAGCACAAAAUGUUAGAGAAGGCAAAGGACCCAUUGGCGGAUUGAAGACAAACGGAGAGGGCCUUGCAAACGGGAUCUUAGGAGGAGCCGACUCUUGUGGAGAUGGUUUGGUUGGAGGAUUGAAAUCUGGUGGAGAAGGAUUGACCGGAAAACUUUUUUAA